AUGGUUUCCUGGCAAAGUCUGGGUCUUACUGAGUUCCACGAGGAGCUGAGGACCUUCUCGCUGAUCGUGGAGGCCUGGGACUGGGACAACCACACACGGAACAACAAUGACGACGAUCUCCUGAUAGUCCGUGGAUCUCGCACUGGGAUGAUGAACCCCGGAGACAGCUGGCAGACCUUCCCCAUCGAGGGCACGGCGGCGCACGUCUCGUACCGCAUCCGGGUCCGCUGCGACGAGAACUACUACGGCAACAAGUGCAACAAGCUCUGCGUGCCCCGCGACGACUACUUCGGGCACUACCGCUGCGAGCCAUCGGGGGCGCAAGUGUGUCUGGACGGAUGGAUGGGCCCUGACUGCAAGACGGCCAUCUGCAAACAGGGCUGUAACCUUCUCCACGGCAGCUGUGGCGUCCCGGGGGAGUGCAAGUGCAACUACGGCUGGCAGGGGCAGUUCUGUGACGAGUGUGUGCUGUACCCCGGCUGUGUCCACGGCACCUGCACCCUGCCCUGGCAGUGCAGCUGCGAGAGGAACUGGGGAGGCCUGCUCUGCGAUAAAGAUCUGAACUACUGCGGCCGCCAUCAGCCGUGUGUGAACGGUGGAACCUGCAUGAACACGGAACCAGACGAGUAUUACUGCGCCUGCCCUCAGGGAUACUCUGGGAAGACCUGCCAGAUCGUGGAGCACGCCUGCGUCUCUGAUCCCUGCGCCAACGGAGCCACAUGCCACGAGGUUCUGACGGGCUUCGAGUGUCACUGUCCCCCCGGCUGGAGCGGGCCCACCUGCGCUAACGUGAACGGCGCAGACGUCAUGGCCGACCUUCAGGACCCGUACCUGGUCAGUGUGCACCUGAUCGCCGAUCCGGAUCACGCCGGUUUCCUCCAACACGCCACCGACACGGUCCUGUCCUGGAUCCACCCCGACCUGCAGCUGUUCCGCGUCUCUGAACGGGCGCACCGCUCCAAGAAGCGCGCCCAGAACUCCUCUGCCCAACCCGCCUUAGCCGUCAUCCUCUUCCUCCAGGAGUCCUACGGCGGCGAGCAGCACGUCCUGUCGCUGCACCGCGCCCUGCAGAGGCCGCCGUGGCGCUUCCACCACACCGAGAAAGUUAGCAACGGCAAAAGGAUGCUACCGCUAACGCCGUGUAGCCAAGACUUUUUCACGCUAACUCCCGGGACGCCGCUGUGGGCCGUGAGACAAGUCCACUACGGGAAAGAGAUCGUCCGCUUCACCAUCUACUGCCGGCACCAGAACUACGGCCACAUGGUGCGGCUGUACAAGCUGCUGCUGCACAAGCGGCCGGCGCAGAAGAAGGAGGACUUUUGUUUCUUCGUGGUGUUUUCCAACGCCGACUUGGAGAUUCAGCUGUCGUUGAAGCGGCUGCACAAGGGCUCGGUGCCCGCGGCGCUGGACUCUGCGCUGCUGGAGGUGCGGGUGCGGGACGUGGGCGCGCUGGUGCCGCUCCUGCCGCACACCUGCCGGCCAAUCAGUGAUCUCCGCUGGCAGACGCAGGACUACGACGGCAACAAGAUACUGCUGCAGGUACAGGGUUAA